CGCCUCCCCUUCGCUUGUUCUCUUCAGUGAGCCCGGGUCCGCCAUCGCAGCCUGUGAGGAAUCCGGGACUUCGGGAGGGGGAGAAGGCAGCGGUCCUUUUCGUUCCCCUCACUGAACUUCAGGUCAGCUGCUGCAGCUGCUGGAGUUUCUCCGUCGAUCUUUGAUCUACCGCCGCCGACAAAAACGUAGGAGUUCAAAAAUCAUCUUACAAGUAAAGGGAGUGUAAUUUCCACCAUUACUUGUUCGCUGCGCAGUACUUUGGUGUAGUUGACAUCUGCAGCAUCCAUGAUGGCGGAUAAAGAGAGUGGGGAGAAGAAGGGAGGCUCACCCUCAGCAACUGUCAGCGUGGGGGAAAGCCUCGUUCUAGUUCGUCGAAUUCCCAUGACGCAGGUGGCUUUCGACGAGCUUCACUUGAAGAAGGAGAAAGACGCCAAAGAACCGCUGAAGGAACGCAUCCUCAAGCAUUUCUACUGCGACAAGCGGCGCUCCUGGAAGAUGCUCAGUUCCUACGUUCCUCUCGUCAAGUACAUCCGAUACUAUAAACCCAAGGAAUACCUCCUCGUAGACAUCUUCGCCGGGAUCAGUGUUGGCAUCUUGCACAUCCCACAAGGCCUUGCGUUCGGGCUGCUCGCCUCCGUCAAGAUCGAGGACGGGCUCUUCACGUCCAUCUGGCCAGUGUUCAUAUACAUGUUCUUCGGCACCUUCCGCCCACAUCCAUGGGGAACCAGCGCUGUGAUAUGUAUUCUGACAGCGGGUAUAGUUGACAAGUUAGGUGCUGAACACGCGAAGACGCAGCCAUGGGGACAAAACCUCACGGUACCCGGAGGGAACAUAACAAUAUCGUUAGAUUCAAUACCCGAGUACAUGGACUACAAAGAGUCCAUUUCCAUGGGUGUGGCGUUCAUAACAGGGCUCAUGAUGAUCGGCUUGGGCAUCUUCAAGCUCGGCUUCAUCACCUACUACCUGUCAGACUCAUUCUUCGCGGCCUUCACCUCAGCAGCUGCCGUUCACAUCGGAACCAGCCAACUUCCCGCCAUGUUGGGAAUCAGCAUUCCCAAGUUCCCCGGUGUGUUUAAGGUUCCGUUGGCGUAUGAGGCCAUGAUCAAUGUCAUCACGAAGAUCAACUGGGCAGCGGUCAUCAUCGCCAUCAUUGUGUGUGUGAUCAUUGACGUGGUCAAAGUAUGCGUCAACGAGCGGUUCAAAACCAAGCUUCCGGCACCCAUCCCGAUAGAGCUCUUCGUGGUCAUCUUCGCUACUAUAGCGUCCUACUUCGGUCGCUUCAACGAGAUCUUUGGGUUGGCAGUCAUCGGCAAGAUCCCCAAUACAAUCCCCAUGCCCCGCGUGCCAACAGAAGCACUGGCUGAGGCCCCAAAAUAUGUCGGUGACUGCGUCGUCCUCGCAAUCCUUAUCUUUGCCUACACCAUCGCCAUGGCCAAGAUAUGCGCCAAAAAACACAACUACGAGGUUGACGACUCCCAGGAGCUCCUCGCCUACGGGAUGUGCAAUUUCCUGUCCUCCUUCCUCUUGUGCUUCCCGUCAUGCGUCGCUCCGCCUCGUACAAUGGUGGCCAGCACCAUGAACGCCAAGACCACGCUCAGUGGCAUCGUGCCUGCCGUCGUCAUGCUCAUGUUCACGCUCUUCAUCGGCGUCCUCUUUGAAGCACUUCCCAAAUCGGCCCUGGCGGCUAUCAUCUUUAUUUCGUUGAAAAAUCUCUUCAUACAGAUUUUAGACUUCCGCAAAUACUGGAGAAUCAACAAGUACGACUUUGCCAUCUGGUUUUUCACCUUCAAUGCCACGGUUUUCCUCGACAUCGACUUGGGUCUCUUCAUCGGGGUGGGGGUGUCGCUGAUCACGGUCGUUUUCCAGACGCAGUCUUCCAGAGGGUUCCGUAUGGGCAAAACGCUGAAGGACACGGCCCUCGUGGAGCACAAGCGGUACGCAGACUCCAGGGAAAUCCCCGGCCUCAAGAUCUUCCGCUUCCAGUCGUCUCUGUACUUUGCCAACGCCGAGAUCUUCAGGACCAGUCUUUACAGAAACACGGUCAACCCUCGCAAGCUUCUCAAGUUCCUGAAGAAGCGUGAACUGGCGUUAGAGAAGCAGAACAAGGAGCGUUUGGCGGAAGGAAAGCUGCCCGAGCCGCGGCGGGACUCCGUGUUGACUGGAGAAAACCUACUGCCCAGAGGAAAUUCUCUUCCGAGUCUUUCUUCUGAAGUCGAUCGGAGAUCCCUCGGAAAUCUCGGCUUGACUGAUUCCAACGGAAGCCCGACGGGCCUGAACCAGAAACGCAAGAUCUCAACCUGCAGUGUCGACAACCCGGCCUUUCAGAACGACCUGGACGGAAGUGGCGCCUUCACGCGGCUGCAGGAUUCGUCGGGCACCACCUCAGUCACUCGCUGAAGUCUCAGCUCGAGUAUAGAGAACAUUAACAUGAGCCAUGCCACGCGUCACGCUUCCAUGGACUCGACCUUUACCUUGGCCAUCAACGAGGAGGAGGUGGACGAGUACGGAGAGGUCAUCAUCUCCGACGAGAAACUGAAGAUGAUGCGCAAGAUCCACCACAUCAUCAUCGACUGCACGCCUGUCAACUACAUCGACGCCUCUGGCUGCAACGUCCUGGUCCAUAUCUACACGGAGUACGGUCACGUGGGCAUCAAGGUCUUCCUGGCCGGCUUCUCCUCCGACAUGCGGCGGUCGCUGCAGCACGCUGGCGUCUUCGACAAGAUCCCUCAGGAAAACUUCUUCUUCGAGCUCGAGGACGCUGUGGCUGUGGCCAAGACCCAGAGGGUGUCUCCGCUCACCCAGAAGGACUUGGAAGACUACUCUGAUGAUGAGGCUACUGAAGGUUCUUUCGUGACGAGGAUGUGAGAAAGACAUUCGAAACCUUCUCCGCAGAGUGUCGUCCCCUGACACAUUGUGAUGAUGCACCAAAGACAUUUCGUGCUUUGACAGACGACCAGACAACAAACAUGUCACUACGUUUGAGGAGCCGUCAAUAAAAGCUUCUACUUUUUUUUACACCUAGAUGGCGGCAGAAACUGCAAAGAUGGCGCUACUCACUGGUUAAACGUUGACAUUUCUUGUACCGAGCAAAAUUUCCUACGACUGAGUGAAUGUUUCACACUUUUCACGAUUCCCGUUAUCUCUGAAACUUUAUUGUUCCCGUGAGAAAGGUGAACACCAAGGGGCAUCAGUACUUAAUUUAGCAUGUCCACUCUUCAUGACAGUUUAGUGAAAAUGCUAACAUCAAUACUCUUUAGCAGUAACGGUGUGUCAAUACCUUAGUCGCAGAAAUGUACAGUGCAUCUAAUUUAUUACUUUACUGGUUUAUAGUAGAUACUGAGAUUUCAGCUUAAGGUCAGUGGCACGUGUCUACAAAAAAAAAGUCCCAUUAGACAUGACAGUUUAGAAAAACACAGAAUAGCAAAUGUUUUCCAUUUUUCAUUCAACUCAGGCACAUUGGAUAUGCUCAUAUCUGCAGUCCCGAGCUCUCACCUUAUGUGACCUGUCAGGACAGUGUGUCCGUUCUGGGUUUCGAUGAUGAGAUGAUUAUGAGGUCGGUCCUUCCUUUACUUGAUAUCUUGGCAGGUUCAAAGUUUUUUAGGCGAUAAAACUAAACAUGUUAACUGUAAGCAGAGGUUGUGAAACAGAUCACUCGAUAGAUUUUCUCUAAAUUCUGUAUUUUUAAUCACUGAAGAAAUACUGAAUUGCUUUAUCUCAAUACAAUUUCAAUGCAUUUUAUGUCAAAUAAGUUUAUUUUUUCUUUCCAUUUUAACGCACAAAUCGGGUUUGUUUAUAGAGAGAACACUAACAUUAUUUAAUAAAAAAAAUACUCGGCAAGAAUUACUUUAUUAGGUUUUAUAAUUUGUUUUAAUUUCACAGGAAAUUAUUACUGAAGAAACAUUAGCACAUGAUGACAAUAAUAAAAGAACGUUUAAAAUUACAUCUCGUGUUAUUAGCUUAUUUCUGAUGAUUUUUUUUUCCAAUCAUUGACAUUUGCACCCGUUACCUUUCUAUUUUAGUAGUAAAGGUCAGUGCGAAACGUGCAGAGAUUUCAAUAAAUUAUUCAAGUUUUUUCUAAAGACACGAUGGCAAUACAUGUACAGGAUGUUAGUUCAGCAAAACGAUAUUACUAUUGUGUUAAUUUUAUACGAGAUGAUAGUGUGUGGUUACAUUGUUGUUUUGAUAUUAUUGUUGGUUUUGAUACAUUUUUCACAGAAAUGCAUUUUAUAAUACUCGAAAGACGACUGUGAAGAGAACUGUUUGCAUUGUCACACUACCCAGUGACACAUGAAUAAACAUUAUUUGUGAAA